GGGAGGUGAAGCAGCAGUGUCGCCAUGGUAGUUCCAGCAGAGGCCCACCACUCCACCAGGAGCUUAAGGUUGUUUAAAAUACGUCUGCGUCGAGAUGCGUCGCUCUUCACCGAUGAUGUCGUCUUCGAGUCCACGGAAGGGCCCGUCGACUUCGACCUCGGCAAAGUGUACUCUGGCAGCCUCGAAGACGAGGAGUUAGCGAGGGUGGAGGGCGUGGUGACCAGAGAAGGGUUAUUCGACGGUCACGUCUCCACGCCUAGCGAGCUCUACUACGUGGAGCCAGCCACCAGGUACCUGCCGGGGGCCGAGUUUCACUCCGUCAUGUACAAGGCGUCGGACGUGGUCCAUCCGUCGCUUUCUCGCUGUGCGUCGCAGAAGCUGCAUCGACAGGGCCGCGUCCACUCUCCAUGGGGGCCGCCCACCCCUCGCCCACAGGGGCGGGAGGGACCACCUGUACAAGUUCCCCACCGGAGUUCGACGACUUCGUCUCAUUCUUCCAUUUCGUCCAGCGCGGCAGCAACCAGGGGGGCCGCCGCCCCCUCACCUCCGCCACAAGGUGUCAACCCCAAACUUAUGGCUGUGACUUAUAGUAAAAGUUUGUAUGGCCCUGGAAGGCCAGUGCCUGGCAGUGCAGCGUCUGGCGAAUCUGGUACAGCUACCUCCUCCUCCCCCGCCGCCGAGGCUUCAAAGUCCUCAGCGUCACACAGACAACCUAGCCGUCUUAGUUAUUCACCUACAAACAAAACUAUUUUUGAUAAAAAGCCGUCGUCUUUUGUAAACGAGUUCAAAGAGCGUGAGGGCGCAGCCGGGGCUGUUCCUGCCGGUGCUGAUAGAGGGACACACAUUCCCCAGCACGCCUCCACAACCUCCGCCCCAAACAACAACACUUCGUCCACCUAUUUCUCCACCAUGCACCUCCACCACAGAGGGGCUCUCCAACACGAGACCAACAAUCACCACCAUCAGCUGGACUUCCAGCUGGUGUACGAGCCAACGGGGGGAAGCGGGAACCCGCACCCGUACCACCAUCCUGCUCCCUUCAACUUCACCAGGAAGAGUGGAGGAGCGGCCACACCUGCCCCUCUACGCCACACUCGGUACACCACCACCACCACACACAGGAGGAAGAGGUCGAGCGUGGACCCGCAGAAGACCACGUGCAUGUUGUACCUGCAGGCUGACCACCUCUUCUAUGAGAAGAUCGGCUCCGAAGAGGCUUGCAUCGAGACUAUCACACGACACGUACAACGGGUCAACAAUAUUUACCGCGUCACAGACUUCGAUCUGGACAACGAGGCAGACGAGAUAGGCUUCAUGAUCAAGCGCAUCAAGGUACACACCAGAGAGGCCCUCAAGGACCCGUCCUACAGGUUCCCCGGUAACUACGGGGUCGAGAAGUUCCUCGAACUUUUCUCUGAGGAAGAUUAUGACGCUUUCUGCCUUGCCUACAUGUUCACCUACAGGGACUUCGAGGGGGGUACGCUGGGGUUGGCAUGGACGGGAGACCUGAAGAACGCUGGUGGAGUUUGCGAGAAGAAUGGUCACUACCGCGGAAGUCUCAAGUCUCUCAACACUGGCAUCGUUACACUACUGAACUAUGGCAAGCAUGUACCCCCUGCCGUCAGCCACGUCACCCUCGCCCAUGAGAUUGGUCACAACUUCGGCAGUCCUCACGACCCAGAGUCUGACAUCCGUUGCACCCCUGGAGGCGAGGAUGGCAACUACAUCAUGUUCGCCAGAGCUACGUCAGGGGACAAGAGGAACAAUAACAAGUUCUCGCCGUGUUCUCUGCGUCAGAUCAACAGUGUGCUCAACUCCAAGGCGCGGGACUCCAAGGGAUGCUUCACGGAGCCUCAGAAGGCCAUUUGUGGCAAUGGGGUGGUGGAAGCAGGCGAGGAGUGUGACUGUGGCUGGGAAGAAGACUGUGGUGAGGCUUGCUGCUACCCCAUGAAGAACAACCCAAAGAAAACUCAGAAGCCAUGUACACUCAGACCAAACAAGGUCUGCUCUCCGUCCCAGGGACCUUGCUGUACUCACGACUGUCGCUUGAAGGAAGGUGACAAGUGUAGAGAUGACAAUGGGUGUCGGGACUCCUCCUUCUGCAAUGGUCGUGUCCCUGAGUGUCCCCCUUCCACCAACAAGCCCAAUAAGACUAUCUGCAAUGAAGAGUUCGUGUGUUAUAAGGGAGAGUGCAGUGGGUCUAUCUGCUUGGCAUAUGGCCUGGAAUCUUGCCAAUGUGAACGUAACCUCGGUGAUCCCAUCACCAAAUCUUGUGAACUCUGCUGCAAACUCCCUGGGGAGAAUCAGCUUUGCCUAUCCUCAUUUGAGUGGAAUGUUCCACCAUAUGACAUUCCAGAUAUGUAUGCUAAAGCUGGAACUCCUUGCAACAAUUACAAAGGGUACUGUGAUGUCUUCAAUAAGUGCAGAGAGGUGGACCCCUCAGGGCCGCUGGCUACACUUCGAGGUCUACUCCUUAGUGACGAGUCUCUAGCAAAUCUCCAGAGGUGGAUCGUCGAGCACUGGUAUGCUGUCCUCUUCGUCAUCCUCGCAAUCAUGGUGCUACUGGUGGUGAUCAUCAAGGUAUUCGGGAAGGCACCGGAGAUUGUCAGGUUGAAGAGCCGGACUAUCAUGCAUAAGAAUUCAGGAGCAUUGCAGUACUCGGUGCCUGUAACAGGUGCUACAGCAAAUGGCACCAUGGCCAAUGGAGCCACUGCCAACGGUACAACCGAGACAACUGCCAAUCACGUCAUCCAUCCAACAGUAGUCAGGGCCAAUUUGCCAUUUAAGCGGAAAGUGAACGAAGUGCGUAGAGCAGCCACAAAGGCCAAAAGAGCAGCAAAAAGUCAACUCAGCCGGCCACACAAGAAAGCCAGUAGACGUCCUGAUGGUGCUGUAACAUCUCCUGCGGAGUCAGAGAAGAGUGGUCCUGGUGCAACAGACGGGGCUGUGGUGCCUCAUGAUACUCGGAUCAAGGACAGGCUUUCUAGUAGAUUUUCAAUUAUAAGUUUCAAGACCUUCAGACCCAAAUCUCUUAGUCCUGAUAAACACAAGAAUAAGAACCCAGACAAGCGUAAAUCAAAGAGUAGCAAUGAUAAAAAGUCCAAAUCAAAAAGUUCCAAACACCACCACAGAAGUCGAAGUCCAGAUAAGAAGCGGAGAGCUGAGGGUCGUGGUGCAGAGAGCCCAGACAAACACACAAGGUCAAGAAGUCCAAACAAACGAGCAACUCUAGAGGAUGAUCAUAGAAAAUUAAGGAAUCGAUCAGUUAGUCCAGACAAAACCCGCAGAUCAUCCAGCCCAGACAAAACUCAGAGGCAGAAGGCACGUAGUCCUGAAAAACACAGGAAGACAGGUGAAGGAAACUGGUUAAUAAACAAAUUCCUUGCCGACGAGGAGAAAACUGCCAAACCAGUUGUCAAUGGGUCACUGAUGGGUUCAUUGAAUGGGUCACUCAGCUCUAUUAAUGCUAUAUUUGGUGGGCCCACAAACAGCCCCCAGAUGGGACCAGUUAGAAAUGGGUCCACUCGAGGUCUGCUACCAUGUGACAGCAACAGAGGUAGUCCUCUAAGGGGCUUCAUAAAUGAGGCCUUUAUUAGUUCCCCUCGAGGAGCUCGCACACACAGCUCUCUAAGGGUUACCAAAUCAGUCAGUCCAGAGGGACUUGAUUUUGACUUAGGGCCUAGUCAGUACCGUAGGUCUAUUAGUAUGGAGGCUUAUAACAGGCCCCCAGCUAGUCCAGAUAAGAGAAAGCGAUCCAUAUUGGAUGAAGGUCUGAGUCCUGAUAAGAGAAGGCGAUUUAGUAGUCCAGAGAAGACCCAGAGAGCUCUCAGUCCUACCAAGGAGCGGAGACUUGCCUGCCCUGAAAGGAAUCGUCGCACCUUGGAUCCAGAGAGGAGGCAUUCCUCCAUCUCGCCGCCAUCUUCAAAGACCAACUCAUAUUCAUCAGUGCCUGAGCGUUUACGUGAAAAGCUCUCACUCAUCACUGCCAGUCCCUCGGGCAGCAUUGCCUCUAUCCUGCCUCCGUCAGAACCUGCAGACAAUGCCAGCCUCCACUCUUCCAAUCAGUCUACACACUCAAAUCGGUGUCAGCCCAAAGACUGGGUCUGAGGUCCCGUAAAUGGUGAUAGCGUUCAGGAUUUUAGUGACAAAUUCUGUUCUGGUGUGGAUGCAGUUCAUUCUGCCACUCCUGGAUAGCAGUGUCCAAAUGUGCACUUUUGACAGACCCACUUGUGCUAAGUGUCAGUUGUGGCAUGAACACAGGAAUAUAAUUGUCACUUGUGUCAAACUCAAGGAUGCUGCAUCCAUUUUGUGCCAACAACUUUUUAAUUCUCAUUAUUCGUAUAACUGAGAUCUAGAAGCCCAGUAUACAUAUGUGGUCCUUAUUCCACUUGAGUGAAUUUUCUGGAUGAGAUGAGGGGAGAAAGUUUAGUGAAUACUUUGGACAUGUGAAGAAGCGUGUGAACCCAUCAUAACCACACAGGGAGAACAAAGAAUGCUCUCAUUAUUUUAUUUAAUAGGUAUUUAUUUGUUAACAAAUAUUGACAGUAAAAUGUUGCCUGUUGCAGCUAAUCCUGAGUUAGUAAUAAUUUUGCUUUGUGAUAGUAAUUUUUAUGUCAAUUCUAAUAAGUUUGUCUUGCUCAAGACUUUAGGUACUAACAAAGCAUCAGGAGUCACAAUAUCAUCUGGUUUAUAUCUAUAGAGCUUUACAACUUGGUUACAAAGCUCUAUAGGCCAAACCAAUUCUUGUACAUUUGAGGACAAAUGUUCAUGGAUUGCGAGCAACUGAUUUUACAACCUGUCUUUAAUAUUUUAACAGCAUAUGUUUGUUAUACCCUCAUCUUUUUUGCUAAUUUUGUAUGUAUCCAGUAGUCACCUCUUACUACUGAGCAGAGUGGGCCUUGCAUUGUUUUUAUUCUUCUUGUAAUCUUGAAACAAUUUUAGGCUUUCCUCCAUAUUUCUCAUGUUCUCGCUGUUCUGUCAUUGACUAUUAGUAUCAGUACCCAUAGUCAUUAACUGCAGUAGUUCUUGUAUUAUUGCAUUUGUCUGUACCCAUAAUCAUUCAACCUUGGCAGCUUAAUUAUUUUGCCUAAUCUUUUAUACUUCUGUGUAGCCCAAUUUGCUUUUUUUUUUAUUUUUCAAAAAUAGCCCAGUUAACUUCAGCUAGAAUGGUCCUACUGCAAGAUCUCAUCAUGCAUUCCACCACUUUUUAACCUUUCAUUGUGUAGCUUGAGACUGCUGCAUAUUAUAACUUGUACAUUGUAAAUUUGUGCAAGAUAUUUUAAUACUUUUUGAAGGCUAAUCUACUAUCUAGUGUGCUUCUGAUUACAGACUGCAUUGUAGGAAGUGUUUACAUAUAGGUUAAAAAAAAAAAAAGUUUAAUUGAUCAGCAAAUGGUACGAUGAUCCUUAGCUUUUCUCACUGUUAUAAAAUUACUUUAGGUGGUUAAUGGGUUGUUCAGUAGGGGUGUGUUGGUGUCUUAAGCCACUGGAGUGUAGAGUAGUCUUUUAUUGGUUGUACUUGGUCUCUCCUAGGGAGUACCAUUGGGGAAACUUUAGCUUUCUUUGUGAUUUUUUUUUUUUAACACUGCUUGUCUACAACUUUCAAACUGCUGGUCAAGUUUGAAAAGUAAAAACUAUACAGUAUAUGUAUUUAAUAGCUCAUAAAGGAUAGUCUGACACUCCAGAUUUCAGAAAUUAAGUACUGGUAUUGUUAAGUUAAGGAGCAACUAUUAGAAUGUCAGAGGAUGUCACUGUUAAUUUUUCUUCCAUGCAGUAUUGUUACACUGUAAAAACGGUAUUUUUGGUGCUAGAUGUUUCUGGCAAUGUAAAUUUUUUUUUUACUGCCAGAUUUUAUUGCAAGUGAUAUUAGGCUCUUAACCCUUCACUGGGCAGGCCAAAAAACAUAGCAGUCCAAACUGUAUUGGAAGAAGAUCCAAAAUGCCAAGUGUCCCAUGACUGUAUCCUAAAGAUGUGCUGAGCCAUCACACCAAAGAUGGGUUACACAUGGGAUAUAUACAUAUAUAAAAAAGAACUACACUUAGAUAAAAAAAAAAAAAAAUCUACAUGCAGAAGAAUUAGAGAUUCUCAGAAUAUUUCCUACUUGUUGCCAGUUCUGUAAAAAAAUUGCAUAAGUUAAGACUGAUUCUUUGGAUAUUUGUACUGUGGAUUGGGUGUAGCUCUUCUGCCAAAUUGUUCACUGCUAUAGAGUAUAAUUUUAUAUUAGAAAAUACAAGCUCAUUUUUUUUGUGUGUGGGGGGGGGGGAGAAUGAAUAGACUGAGGUAUUAUAGAAUACUUGAUUCGUCAUGUUCUACAAGUAUAAAAAAAAAUAGAAUUAAAGUAUGUACUAUAAAGCUGCUGCAUGUGUCUCUAAGUUUAUAAGUGAGGUAGGUUUCCAAAAUUUUUAUUAAUUUUGAAUUCAAUUGCUUCAACCACUUCGACACUUAAUGAUGACCAUUAUAAGUGGCAAAUAUAACUGCUCAUUACUUUGUUGUUUGUUAGUAAAUGAGAAGUCUUCUGUGCUUUAAUAGUCAUUCCUAGUUGAUUUUAACCUUUUGGGUAUAUUCAUUCUUUAUAAUCCAGUAUUAUGUCAAUUUUUCUACCUUCAAAAACUAUUAUCAAAAAGAACUGUAUAGUCCUUGUGGCUUAGCGCUUCUUUUUGAUUAUAAUAAUAAUCAAAAAGAAGUGCUAAAUCUACAAGGGUCCUACUUUCAAAAAAUUAAGUCAUUUUUAAAAUUCAGAGUUAAAAUCUACUUCUUGACUAUUCUGCCUAACUUAUGGUGCACUAACCAAGUGGACCCUUGAAAUGUAGUCUUUCCCUGUUGCUACUGCUGGAUGGUUUCUAAGUUUUUAUUCUUGUUGUGAUAUAUAUAAAUCUUUAUUUAACCCAAUGGUAAGUAGAGGUUUUUAGGGUUUUUCAUAUUUUCAUCCCUGAGAAAACUUAGGAUCAGUACCAACUGAGGAUAAUGUAAAGUAUUUGUUAUAUCUAAGAAGUGAUGACGUGUGUGUGGGAGACGGGACACUUCGCUGUGGGUUAUGAUGUACUUCAACAGUGUUACUUUCUAACAUUUCAUGAGCCAUGUCUACAGCUCUUGAAUGAUAACAGCAACUCUUAAAUGGGGGAUAGUUUUAAAGGUUCUGGAUUCAUAUCCGAACCAUUUUUGAGUCAGAGCCCCAGGGCAUGCAAGACUUAUUUUUUGUUGAAAAGUUGUUCAAUAAAACUUCCUGGUAAAGCAUUACAACUAAUAAAAUAUCAGAACCAGACACAUGUAUAAAAAUUACAAUCCUGUCUUUAGGUUCAUUAUUCUAGUAUGCAUUAUUUUGAGUUGCCCUGCACUUAUUGACAGUAUAUACCUAAAAUAGAUAUGUAAUAACAUUCAUGCGUGUUCUAGGCCCUCCUAUGAAUAUAAAAAUGUUGCUUGAGUAAUGCAUUUAGUUUCCUAGAGAUUUUAAAGUAAUUGGUAAAUCUACAGUUAUGGUUUGUCAAAUUUCCAAAGAUUUGAACAAUUCCUGUCAACAUUGUACUUUAAAAAUUUUUUUUUUUUGUACACGAGUUUGUGUAAAGAAAUUUUUUAUUGCAGAUCAAACUAAUGUCAAAUUUAAAGUGCAACCAGGAAGAAUCAGUAAGAAUCACAGGGGUUUUUCUGAAUAAUAAUAAUAAUAAUAAUAAAAAAAAAAAAAAAAAUUCUAGGACAAGCCACAUCUUAUGAUGUUCUAGAUAAAAAUCAUGUUUCAAGAUAAAAAGUUCAGUUUCCUAAGUUAAAUAAAUGUAAAGAUUAAUGUCAAAUGUUAUUUAAUAAAGUCUACUGCCAUUACCCAAGAGGAAUGAGGGUAGUGCGACUCCCCUGAGCACAUUAGAGAGAGGAGCUUAGUACACGUCUUGCCCACCUCACCACAGCUACAACCACAACCAGCCCACCUACCUUUGCUACAAUACAUAGAUGGGCUGGUGUGUUUUCAUCCGCCAUUCAAACUCCAUUUUCUAUGACAUGCCAUUAAAUACUAUUUGUACGACAUUACCAUUUUGACAAUAAAAUGAUGGAAAAAAACAUUAAAUUUCAGUUACCUUUUCAAAAUGCUUCUGAUUGAGAGAAAUAGUUCAUUUGUUUUUUGAAUAUCAACAUAGAUAUGGGCAUUGUUCGGUGCCACCGUUUAACUGGAAAAUACCCUUGAGUGUCAUGUUCCAGCCUGUCCUGAGCCUACACCAGACAAAACCCUACACCAUCCCUUCUGUACAUAGGUUAUAUUGGUCACUGGAUGAGUGCAAAUAAUGUAAAAAAAAAAUGUAUUGUCAUGGAGAUGAAGGUACUGUAGUUAAAUUAUGUUGUGACCAGGGCAGUUACUUGUGUAAUUUUUGUGUAAAGUGAUAAAUGUGGAUCAUCAGCAAUAAAAGAGAAGGGCAGAACCACCCCAACACUGCUGAUACACUGAUGCCUUUAUGUGCACACUCACCCAUGUGGCUUUUUUUUUUUUUUUUUAAAUGCAGCAAAAAUGAGGGCAAGUACAAAAUAAAUUGCAUUAAAUAAACUAUUAUACAAUGAUUUUAAAAGACAAGCAGAUAUGAGCACAUUAAAGCAUAUUAUUAUGGUAUAAUACAGGAUGAUUUACCGUAGCAUCAACUAAAAGUCGAGCAAUGUGAAUACACUUACUAUAAAUUGUGGUCGUUGCUGAAUGUCUGAAGAGGCAUGGUGUGACCCUGCUGGGUAUAAGAUGAAGUGGAGGGCUAGGGUUUCUGGGCUGAGGUGGAUGGCUGGGGUUUGCAGGCUGAAGUGGAUGGCUGGGGUUCCUAGGCUGAAGUGGAUGGCUAGGGUUCCUGGGCAGAAGUGGAUGACCAGGGUUCCUGGGUUGAAGUGGAUGGCUGGGGUUUGUGGGCUGAGGUUGAUACAGAGCUGUUACUUACAGAAGCCCUGAAGUAUUGUCAUGUGUGCCUGCUGUGUUUUACCCAGCAGUACUUUAUUCAGCUGAUAGUAGGGUAUUAUUGUUUGGUAAAACAUCCAGUUUAGAGCAGCACUUCUAGAUGUGUCAUGGUCCUCUUCAGCAAAAAAAGUCCACAAGUUUAGCAGCAACAUGGAAGUGCUCAAGUAGCUUUUGAAGUAUUAACUGUUUCUCUGCAGGCUUUUCUUCCUUAUCCUCUUCAACUGUCUAAGUCCCUUCUAUCUGGGAAUUCAGCUGUACUAACAUUGCCUCUAGAGUUCGUUCUUCCUCUAAUAGUUCACUGCCAUCUUCUGACUGCAUGUCUUGAAAGCCCUCACCUGGCAAUGUCCCUGCCAGCUGAACAAUUUCCUCAACUUGACACUCAACUGAGGGAAAUCCUGUGAAAUUAUUCACCACACCAGGCCAUAAUUUUCUCCAGACUGCAUUAUUGUUGAUUUUGGCACAUUAUCCCAUGCACCUUUGAUGUGGGGUUAGGCAUCCACAAUGUUGAAUUUAUGGCAUAAUUCUGGCACUCCAAUCUUUGAGUCAUUGUCCAUUGCUGCAAGCAGUUUCUGCACCACUCAGCAUGUCAGUAUACUUAAAUGACCUCAUGAUUCCUUGAUCCAGUGGUUGUAUCAAUGAUGUCAUAUUUGGUGAUAAAAAAAAAAUUAAAAUUUAGGUUCAAAUUAAGCAACAGGUCAGGAUGAACAUGGGAAUUAUCAGGAACAUAAGAAAGGAGGAGCAUUGCAAAAGGCCUACCAGCCACUUCAACCCAUUGUCACAAGUUCAGUCUUGGUUAGAUAUUUUUAGCAAGUUAUUUAUAUCCACUUUCUUUAUCUGUAUCUUCCAAUUAUAAGCGUCAAUUAUAUCCCCUCCCUAAUUUUAUGCUUUUCCAGUGAGUGCCACUUCAAUGCUCUCAGUCCAUUCUCAUAGGAAUGGUUUCUGACACAUGGGAUCAACUUUCUCAUCCUAUGCAUACUGAGAAUCUGUCCUGUGUCUUAGGCACAGGAGAUCAUUCUCUCCUUUUUCUCCUACAAUCAUUAAUAAAGUAUGUUGGGUAUUAAGGUAAUAAAAGGCAGCGUAUGUGGAUGUAUUUGUCUUCAAGACAGUGCUAGAGAUGCUACGUAUGUGAUCUUGAGAGAAUCUUAUGGUGCCACCUCCCUCUGUCAUUAGAUCAUGGAGUAACAGCAAGUGUUAAAAAAGGUCAAUAUUUGUAGGCUAGCAUUCCAUCCAGCACAAUCAGGAAUUUAUUUAAUAAGAAAAACACCACAAAGAAACUAGCACUUGACAUUUCUAACCACCAUGUAUGGGGUGAAACAAACCAUGUAUGAGGUGAAAUAAACUCCACAUGGGAGAGACUUAGAUACUUGGGAAAACACAUCAGGGAACACAAGUACACAUGAUGAGGAAUUACACACAUAUUAAGGGCCAGGAGAAGCUUGAAUGUGAGAAUCUUUCAGUGCAGAAAAAACUUCAGGAAGAAAAUGAUGCUCGAGCCAAACAACAAAGAAUCCCUCAGUCAUUCAUGAUGACUAUUUUGACUGUCAGAUAACAGGCAAAGUGGUUUUGUUUCUCUAUUUUAAGGCACUUAGUUUGAACAUAGUCACCUGUUGCAUUAGUGCACAGCAGAAGAUAAAAUAAACCCAAGGUACAUGGGAGGGGAACUUGCACACUUGUGCCACAGUGAAAGCUGGUCAUGUUGGAGGGCAAGAUAGCAAGGGAAAGAUUAUAAUAAAAAAAAAGCACUAAACCUACCAGGGUCAGAAAGGGAAAGAGCCAUCAUGAAAGGUAACGACCUGGCUGAAAAGUGGAGAUACAAAAAAUGAAUUGCGAACAGGUAGAAAUACAAUACCAGGACACAUGAAAUGUGGUGGUUCAGUAUAUAUGUGUACAUGUGUGCAUAAUCUUCUUUAUGACUUAAGUAAACCUUAUUAUGCAUGGUCAUCACUACUGUGAGCAGAAUGCUAUCUGAUGGAAAAGCCUGAGAAUACUUUGAGAGUGGUGCUGGGCAUCGAAUGUUCUGCAACCCACAAACUGAAGAUCAAUCUUUAAAUGGCCUGGAUCCUUAUAAAUUCACAACCAAUAGAAAUAACAGGGAAAGAGGCUAGGAGACUAGCAAGGUCUUGUGAGAAGAAAGUAAACAUCAAGUCACAAGUGUUCUGAAGAUUGGAGCAUUUGAUAAUGUAUUGAGAAAGCCAAGACUUGGCGCAAGAUCUAUGUGAAACAAAAUAAUUUUGCCAUUAAAUUUAUAACAUUACUACCCUGUAACAAUCUACUGUCCAAAUCAAAGAUUGAAUGAGUGUGUG